UUUGAAAUAUUAAGUGGCACGUAUCUCUUUCAAAGCACUAUUAUGUUGUAUCUCUUUCAAAGCACUAUUGUGUUGCCAAGUUAAUAUUACUAAUCACAUGUUUUCAGUAAAAAAAAGUCAAUAUUACUAACAAAACUAGUAAUGGAAAGUUAAUGUUUGCCUAGUAGUAAUGUGCAACCACCAAUGAAAAAAAGAGAAAAGUUAAUAUUUCAUUAAAAUUGUGUAUUUGAAAGGUUUAUCUAAUAAUUUGAAAAUUUUGGGUAAUCAAUUAUAAAAAAUUAAUCUUUUCCAUAUUAAUUCAAAUUAUAAAAUUUUAAACAACUUUUCUAUUCCCGCCUCUAAACAUCAUCAGUAUUAUCUCACCUUAAUCCCUAAUUUUACCGCCACCGUCUUGGCCCGCACGAAGAACACAUGGCAGGUAAUUAGGUAAAUGGUGAUUGGUUAAGUGUUGCGGCGGCGGACGAUUUCCCAGCGAGGGCGAGGAACGGAAUCGACCGGCCCUGCGUCAUUAACGGCAACAUCUCUUUUUUCAUUAAUUUUCACGGAAAGUUAAAAAAAGCUUCUGGGGAUUUUGAGGGUGGUGGGAAAUAAAAGAUUGAACCAAUGUGACUCCUCCCGAUUUCAAAUUCGGUGGUUAUAUGGAGGAAACACAGAUUGAGGAAGUUACAUGAAGUUAUUUUGGCUGCCCAAGCCCAACAUUACGAAAUCGUGGGAUCAACAAAUCAUAGAAACUGAUGACGCCACUGAUUUUCAUUGAUUGCAUGGACAUGGAAGACGAGGACAAAGAUGAAGAAGGAAUGAGCAAGAAGGAAGAACGUGAAACCAUAUCCAAUUUGUACAACCUCCUCCGCCUCCCUCCGCCUCUUCAGGUACGCUGCCACCACUUCCUUCUCUCUCUCAGCAUUCUUAAACAAACAAGAAUGAACGAAUCACCGUUCUCCCUUUUGGGUGGUCGUUUAUGUUUGACAGUUGGAUUUGGAUGGAAGAACAAGACAGGUAUUGAAGAAUAUCCUCGACAGUGCUUAUCAUCACAACCUCUCUUGCAACGAGGUAUCGAACCCUUCACCACGCAACACGCUGCUCUGCAGUCUACACCCUGAUCCCGCCACUACUAAGCAGCAGCAGCAGCAACUGGUUUCAGACAUGUCCAGACUCGCUGUCUCCUCCUCACAUUCGGACUACCCUCCACCCCGGAUUAAACGAUGUCGUCUCUGCUCUAUCCAAGCCAGCAACCCCAUGCCAUCAUCAGCAACAACUGCCAGCCAACCGCGGCUGCAGAAACCUAGCCAGGUUACUCCAUCGUCUCAACCUACCGGUUCGAAUCUGUGUUACUCGACCGAAGGUUAUGUUGAUGGGUUUGGAAGACCAGGACAACAACAACAACAACAACAACACAAUUGCUGUUGUCAAGAUUGUAGAGUACAAGCAAGUAGUAUUGUUGAACUACGCAGGGGUGCUGACUUGGCCAUGCCAGCGGUGAGUGACACAAGGCAGGAAGUUGAGACUAAUGAUCGUCGACAAACAAUUCGGAAACGAAUGUUGGAGGAACCCAAGCCGCCAGCACGAGGAGUUGAAUCUUCUUCACAGGGAUUCCAGGAUGAGAAUGUUGUUCAUCUGAGGGACACCAUGAAUGGGAGAAAUGUCUCAGGAAGGCUACUAGUGAAACAGAAUACAAAAUCUCGACCGUUGGAGGAAUGUCAGUAUGUUGAUGGUUUAACCGCUCCGAGGAUGGAUGGUAUCACCAAAAUUCCAACCAUGAAAGCAGCAAAGGAGACCAAUGAGAAGCAGAUGCCCAACCCAAAUGAUCAUAGUCUGGCCAAGGCACAGAGUCGCAAGAAACAUCUCAAGGAUUCGACAGCCAUAAGGCCUGCAAUGAUUGACUAUCAUACUCCAUCUUCAAGGAAGGCCCAAGACCAUCUUCACGGCAGGAGCAGGACUUUCAAUACAAAAUCUCAGCAGCAGGACAAUGACUCACAGGAGGAAUGGAGCUCAAGUGCGAGAUCGUGUUCUUACACUCCCUCUUCUUCUUUUACUUCCUAUGAUUGGACAAGUCGACAACAGAUAAGCACUGAGAGCAACAGCAGUAGCAACAGUGAGAACUUUUCAUGCUCCGAUUACAACACUAGGGAGAGUGCAUCACAAAUCAGUAGUACAGGUGAGGAGAGUAACAGUGGCUCUUCCUAUGCUUCGUCCAGUUACCAAGAUACAGAUGGUCGAGAUGAAGACAGCUGCAGCAGAAGCACGAGAUACAGAAGAUCACGUCGUGAGAGAGCAGUUGGACGGUUUAAGAGGUUCAAGGAUAAGCUGGCGCUCAUCUUUCACCACCAUCAUCAUCACCAUCACCACCAUCAUCACCAUCAUGAUAACCGAAAACAAAGCAAAAGUGGGAACAAAGCAACAACUUGGAAGCCUCUGAGGGACAUGUUUCACCAUGAGGGCAAGCCCAAGUUGUAUGCAGAAAAAGCUGUGGUGAAAAAACAUGGGAACUUGGUUGAAAAGAAUCAGGGGCAGCAUUGUAAUACACUGGUGCAGGGUUUAAUGCAUCAUGUCAAGAAUUCAAAGAAAUCCAAAACCUUACAAACUUCUGAAUUAGGAAGAAAGCGAAUGUUAAGGAAACAAGGAGGAAUUAAACUACCAUAUCGAAGGCCAGUCAGAGUGGGGUUCAAGGGGAUGAAGCCACAACUGAAAGGGAGCUGAAAUAUGAAGUUUUAAUUUCUUUGCGCUGCAACACUCGUGGGUAGGAAUUAGUUCAUUGAGUUGUGACUAUAGCUUAAAGCAAAAUUAAGUCCUUUGGUUGUU